AUGUCUGUCGCCGUUUACGAUCCCCCGGUGAUCAACACUUUCCACCAGUGCGAUCCCGCGGCCCAUGUCUGGAAGCAUGAUCCCAACACCGUGUACGUUUACGGGUCCCACGACGUAAACUCGACAAAGAAUCCCCCGGUGCAAUAUGACAUGAAAGACUACUAUGUGCUCAUUCAAGUCGACAUCACCAAGCCUGCUACGGUUGGACCAAAGAUUCUGGACCUUCCGGAUAUCCCAUGGGCCUCGCAACAACUUUGGGCUCCAGAUGUGGCUGAAAAGAACGGCGAGUACUUCCUGUACUUCCCCGCCAAGGACAAGGACGGUGUCUUCAGGAUUGGAGUAGCCAAGUCUGACAAGCCAGACGGAAAAUUCAAGGCCGAGCCAAGCUACAUCCCUGGUGCUUACAGCAUUGACCCCGCUAUCUUGGCUGACGACGACGGAUGCUACUACAUGUACUUUGGUGGUCUGUGGGGCGGCCAGCUCCAGGCAUGGCCCAACAACACUCUGAACACCUCUGCUUUCGGUAACAUUUCACCCUCGUCCGGCCCAGCACUUGGCCCACGCUUCGCCAAGCUCUCCGCCAACAUGACCCACUUGGCCACCGAACCAAAGGAACUCGUUAUCUAUGACAAAGACGGCCAAGUCAUGCAAGCGAACAGCACGCGUCGCUACUUUGAAGCUCCCUCUAUCAACAAAGUCGGUAACUUGUACUAUCUCCAAUACUCGACCGGUACCUCGCACACCAUCGAGAUUGCCGUCGGAAAGAAGCCAGAGGGUCCGUUUUACUGGAAGAGCACACUGCUACAGCCGGUUAAGGGAUGGACUACUCACGAAUCGAUUGUCAAGUUCAAGGGCGACUGGCUGCUGUACUAUGCGGAUGCUUCGCUUACUGGUAUUGACGAUUUGCGUAACACAAAGGUUAGGAAGCUGAACUUCGCGAAUGGCACAUUCGCACUUGCGCAGCCGCAGCCGUAUACCCCUUUCCCUAGCUCCUAG